CUACAGAUCUCUUCAAAUCACGUUGACCCUCAACAGCUACGCUGGCCUGCUACCUUGUUAGCUGCCUCGGCUUCCCAUAUCAUCACUUGUUUGCCUGCUUGAAGAGAGUACUGUCCGAAACAUUAAAAGCUUAGUCUUCGGGCAGAGAUGGAUAGGCAGCAAUCUACUGAUGUACGUAUGUGUACCGAAGCCUGUCUUCAGAACCCAAACUUCAAAGAGUUCAGCAUCAUUGGUACUUCUUGAGCGUCUUGAAGCAGAGUAGCCACUACAAAAGACAGGACCUUGAGAAUGCUUCAUGUGCAAAAUAAAAUUUUUUAGGCAUAGUAAACUCGCCACGUUCAAGCUGCGGAAUUAAGGAUGACCUCGAUACAAGACUUUAAUUCAACCUUCGACCUCAUGUCCAUGUACCAGAAACAACAUCUGCCUCUUGUAAUGUUGGCCAAUGUUUUCAUGAUACUGACCGAAAUUGUGAUUUUCACUCUAAACCCUGUUUGUCUGCUGAGUCUAUGCCACGUUUGCAACAUCCAGCCGGCAAGCAAAGUAUUCAUGGCAUCCCUCAUGAUCUCUGAUCUCUGUACUGGACUCUUUUGGGGCUUGCCGCAAAUUAUUCAAAAUAUCACUGGGAAGUGGCCGCUUGGUGAGAGUGCCUGUGUGGCUUACGGUAUCUUGAAGUCGGCCCUGAUUACCAUGGGCAUGGAAUCCGUGCUGUUCUUGACUACAGAUCGCUAUGUUGCCAUUAUGCAUCCCUUGCGUUACCAGUCCAUUCUGACCAGGCGUCGUUCGCUGGUAGCCAUGGCGGGUGUUUGGGUCGUCACUUGUGUAGUGUGUGUGCUGCUGUUUGGGAUAUCGGGAACCGGCAGGCGCAUCAUUUCUCAGGAGGUCCCGCACUGGUGCGUGGAGGGCAAACGUGUCUUUGAGAAUUGCGUGGUCUUUGGAAUCUAUUCCGUGGUGCUCCUCGCCAUGUUUGCCAUGUACACCCGUAUCAUAAGGACAGCUCGCAGCCAAGCACGACGUAUUGCAGGCAACAUCCGGCCAGCCGAAGGGGAGGCUGGGCAAAGACGGCGGACGCGAAUCGCGACAAAGUCAACUGUGACAGUGAUCAUCAUAACAGGGACUCUGCUGCUGUGUUGGGUUCCAGACUGCCUGAGGGCACUGUUCAGAACUCUCUUGGGUGAUCUAUACUGGCCUAAUCCAGGCGUUGAAAUUCUCAUCAACACACUCUUACUCUUAAAUGGGGGCUUGAAUGUUGUCAUUUAUUACAUCAGAAACAAUGAUAUACGGCGAGCACUGAACCAACAAGUGUCCUUCUGCUGUCAAGUCAUGUGCCAACGACUACACCAGUUUGUUUGACAGAAAAUAGCAAUUGCACAUUUGCAAGUUGAAGUCCAAAGGCACAAUACGUUCAUAGCCAAAGCACAACAGCUGAUGUAAGCUUCAGAUAUCGUCCGGACUAGGAACUCAGUGUUGAGCAUGUGCCAAUGACAACUCUUGCCACUUAGAAGGAAAUCCCUUCUGGGGGUUUCUGGGUGCACAAAGCUAUAUUAACGAGUGACCACUGGUACGUGCCAGCUAGCACUGCUUGUGCAUGCUGAUCGCGGAGAAAUGUCGUGAGGAAAUGCACUGAACAACACUAAGUCACAACAUAUGAACUCAUUUCUUUGAAGUCUGUCAGACCCGAGAAGCUUCAGCCCGACGACAGGGGUCGAUCUGAAUAGCCUUGGGCACUUA